CCAGGUCAGAGACCGAUCAGCUUCGAGAGUUUUCAGACCUGCGAAGUGAGGAAAAGUUGUUAGCAGCGGACCUGCCAGCGGCACCGACAGCAGCUCGGUGCUCGGCGUGUCCCGGCCUGUGUGGAGCUUCUUCUGCGGGUGAGAGGCUGUACGAUCCUCGGCAGUGUUCUGAGACUGUACGGCCCCGACCCCCCCCACCCCAGCCCGUCUCUCCAGCCUGGACUGACACUGUCUGCCCUGUUUUAUGGACUAAACUCAAGUUCCCAAGUUUAAUGCCACGAUCUGUCACACCUCAGACCUGAGGACAUUAUUCACUCUCUUUGACUCUUCAGUUGGACUAAACGUAGACAGCCGGGGAAUUACAACAGGGACAGAAAUGACGGCCGAGAAGGAGAAAAAGAGGAGCAGCUCAGAGCGGCGAAAGGAGAAGUCUCGAGAUGCGGCUCGCUGCCGGCGCAGCAAAGAGACGGAGGUUUUCUACGACCUUGCUCACCAGUUGCCUUUACCCCACAGUGUCAGCGCUCACCUGGACAAAGCCUCCAUCAUGAGGCUGGCUAUCAGCUACCUACGCACGCGCAAGCUUCUUGCCACAGGCGGCAGCAGCAGCGGCAUUGACAGCAAUGAGGACAUUCAGAUGGACAGUCUGUACCUGAAGUCACUGGAGGGCUUCGUCACUGUGGUAACGUCUGAUGGCGACAUGAUAUUCCUGUCCGAGAACAUCAACAAAUUCAUGGGGCUCACACAGGUGGACCUCACUGGUCACAGCAUCUUUGAUUUCACUCACCCAUGUGAUCACGAGGAGAUCAGAGAAAAUCUCAGCCUGAAGACAGCUGGGAGCAGCUUUGGUAAGAAAGGCAAAGAGCUGAGCACUGAGCGAGACUUCUUCAUGAGGAUGAAAUGCACGGUGACCAACAGAGGACGCACCGUCAACCUCAAGUCAGCCAGCUGGAAGGUGCUGCAUUGUACCGGACACCUGAAGAUGUACAACAGCUGCCCUCCACGAGGGCUGUGUGGCUUCAAAGAGCCCCCACUCACCUGCGCUGUCCUGAUGUGCGAACCAAUCCCACACCCGUCCAACAUCGACACGCCGCUGGACAGCAAGACUUUCCUGAGCAGACACAGCAUGGACAUGAAGUUCACCUACUGUGACGAGAGGGUGACAGAGUUGAUGGGCUACACCCCUGAGGAUCUGUUGGGACGUUCUGUCUAUGACUUUUACCACGCCCUGGAUUCAGACAGCGUCACCAAGAGCCACCACAACUUGUGCACCAAGGGUCAGGCUGUGAGCGGACAGUAUCGUAUGCUGGCGAAGAACGGAGGCUACGUCUGGGUGGAGACCCAAGGAACUGUCAUUUAUAACAGCCGCAACUCUCAGCCUCAAUGCAUUGUGUGCGUAAACUACGUCCUCAGUGACAUUGAGGAGAAGUCGAUGAUUUUCUCCUUGGAGCAGACUGAGUCCCUGUUCAAGCCACGCCACAUGAGCAGCUUCUUCUCUGCUGGAGGUUCAGGUGUGACCACAGAGCCAGGAGACACCCUCUUCACCAAACUCAAAGAAGAGCCAGAGGACCUCGCCCAGCUUGCUCCAACACCCGGGGACACUAUCAUCUCCCUGGACUUCUGUGGCAGUCAGUUUGAGGAGCCCCAACAGCCAGCAGGAUACAUCCCAGCAUCUGCGUCAGCUAUGCCCCCUCCUGGGCCUCCGUCCUGGGCCAGCGAAAGCCACCAGCCUGCCUCUCAGGUGUCAUGCCAAACCUCUGCUCAGGCUCAAAGAGACAUGGCUAACAUGGCCAGUACAUUCACUGUGCAGCAGAAUCCUCCACCAGGCAGCGCUACUCCAAGCCUCAGCAGCUGCUCCACGCCCAGCAGUCCGGGAGAUUACUACAGUUCAGCAGAGAGUGACCUGAAGGUGGAGCUGACUGAGAAACUGUUUGCGCUUGACACAGAGUGCAAAGGCAGCCCUACAAACACAGAGAGGGACUUGAGUGACCUUGACCUCGAGACUUUGGCUCCAUACAUCCCAAUGGACGGCGAGGACUUCCAGCUGAAUCCCAUCAUCCCGGAGUCAGAACCCCUGGAUGGGAGUCCAUCAGGAUCCAUGGGGAGCAACAGCAGCCUGGCCCAGAAGCACCAGGGCACCCAGCAGAGCUUCAGCAACAUUGCCAGCCUCUUCCAGCCCCUGACCUCCCCUCCUCGAACCCAAGGUCCAUACCAUAACCAACCUGCUGCAUCCUGGGCCACAGGGGAGAAGAGGGGCUCUAGUCAGGGGACUACAGACCCUCGUGUAGGGUCAUACAUGAUGGGAAACAUGCAGCACCCUCCGUACCAGGCUCCAGCCAGCACCCCUCUGUCCUCCAUGGGAGGCAGGCAGAACCUACAGUGGCCACCGGACCCUCUGUUAACAUACCAACAACAACAAUCGCAGAGCACUAAGGCGUACCUAAUGGAGCCUUACUCAGGAGAGGAACGACCGUCCUGCCAACAAAACAUACCACAGAUAAUGCAAAAACAGAGGUCCAUUGACAAUUUUGUACAAGCCUACAAAGACAUGAGUCCAGCCAGAGUGGCCAUGGCCAACAAUAUCAAGCGCUCCUUCACCCAGAUGGCUGUGGGUGAAAAUAAACCGUCAGACGUCAUGUGGAAGAAGAUGAGGGGUGACAGUUUUGGCAGCAUGGAUCGUUCCCUCAGUGCAGGAUCACUGGCAGAAUCAGGGAUGGGGAGGCUUAUGCCAGGCAGUAUGCCAUCAUGUCUGCAGCAACACAGGAAAUCCCAGUAUCCAGGGGUUGGGAUCGGUGGUCCAAAUGAGAAACAUUUUCCCCAAAAGAGCUGCAGCUACUCACAGUAUAACAUGCUGUCCUCCAACAAGACGGAGGGGGUUGCCAGUUGUUUGCUGGGCCCGUCCUUUGAGUCCAUCUGCCUACCAGAGUUGACCCGUUACGACUGCGAAGUUAACGUCCCCCUGCAGGGGAACCUGCACCUUCUCCAGGGCUGUGAUCUGCUGAGAGCUCUGGACCAGGCCACCUAGAGCUCCAUCUCCCAAACCCGUCUGCAGCCCCAGACUUAAGCCUUUCUUUACGUGAAUACCUCUGGGUCCUCUGAGCGUUGUGAGGCUAAGCUACCUAUAGGGAAUGGUAUUCAUAACCACAUCCUGCCUUAUUUAGCUUAUUAGGCUCAGCCCCACAAACUAUUCCCUGUUUCUUUAUAGCUUUGUACAUAGACCAUCUUAACAAGCUGAUAUAUCAGGGUUAAGCCACUUGCACCCCUCAUUACCCAAGCUUUGGACGCAACUCAGAGGCAGGUUAAGUGUACAUGUAAGCAAAUUAUCCUACAUUGAGAAACAGACUUCCCAUUCAACAUUGGCUCCUCAUGUAAAAGAUCAAUGUAGGAUCAAUAAGGGUGUGCAAAAUGUUACAGCACCCUGUCUGCUCUGUGUCAAAAAGCUGAAUGUGGGUAUUUAAUGUACAGGGGUAUUACUGCAGUAAGAUUCAAUCACAUAACCUGCCUUAAAGUAAAGCUGUGCCCAAACUUCUGCAGCCAUACACCUGUACAGGCCCAGGCCAGGUUUAAGAAUACCAUCAGUCUUACCCUGCCUGGUCUGUCACAGACCAGCACCCUGAUAUGUUCUCUAUGCAGCUCAGCCCAACACACAUUUUCUCCAUCAGCUAACUCCUUUAGCUAUGAAGAGAAAAUAAAUUAUAAUACUACCUACAUAUUAGCAAAGGCACUGUGUUUUAUUUUUCACCGGCACUUAGACCCAGAACACUUACAGUAUGUCCAGUCAAAGCUUCGAGUAACGGUUGGGUAUCAUGAACUGUUUUUGAAUAGCUGCCGUAUUUAAAAAUGAGGAAUAAUGAAAGCAUCAUCUUCCAAAAGAUGAUGUUUAAACCAUUUUGGUGCAAUAAAUGUAGCUAAAUGUAGUAGAGGUUUUAACUAACAUUAAGAGUUAACAAGGAAUGCUUGUAGUAGGGUUUCUCAACUCUGUUGGCUUAAUGAUCACCAAAAAGCUUCUGUGAGGAGUUAUAGCUUCCUGUGAAACAGACAAAAAAUGAUAUAAUCACAGAGUAACAACAUACAAAAGCAAAUGUGACCAAAAGCAUAAACACUGACUAUUUCUAUGUAGUCAUUUUUAAUGCCUGAAACCUCUGCAGUGGGGAAGGUGUCACAUGAAGUGAGAUAGCCUUUUCUGUUACCAUUUCCAAGACUUUUAAUAAGUUAAAAUGGUUGUUAAAGAAAAGCACAACAAGAUUUUGUGUUACAGAAAGUACUUGUACAUUUACAGGAUGAGAUGAGCUAAGGUUUGUCCAUAGGGAUUGCCAAACUUUGGCUUUCCAACAUCUCAUCUUAUUUUUCUUUUUCUAAAUCUCCAAAAACAGACUGAGCAAAUUUAACAUAUUAAAGUUCAGCAAAAACACUGACUCAUAUCAUUGCAAAUAAAGGACAUGGCUGUUUUCAAAUCAUCGCAUUACUGCACCAGAACAUGAGAAUUUUGUGGCUGUAGAAAAAUCACAUUUCAGUUAAUUCAAUCAUUACAAAAGCUAGGAACCAAAACUGAAUUAGUGAAAAAUCUGAAUCACAAAAUGAUACCCAACUCAGCUCAAGCUUUUUUUUUUUUCCUUUAAAGACAAACUCAUGCACGGACAUGUCAUCAUCCUGCUCUAAUUUCAUAGAGGUUACUUUAAUCACAGCAUAGACUCUGAUUCUCACUACAUUCACAGUUUGGGUCAACAUCCAUGAUAUAUGCAUUAUAUUGUUUUGUUCAUUUAUCAUAAGUAGUCUAUUUUUUCUGUCAAUGAAUUGAAACAUUUUAGCAUUUAUUAGAUUUUAUAUUAUUUAAUCUAAGCUGACGGGACACUAUCAGAACUGCUUCUUUCCUCUUCUGGCUUAUUUUUAUGUUUUUACUCCACCAACAAGAUUCCUAUAUUUGUGUCUAACUCACAGACACAAUUAAAAAAGUAUCUAUUGCAAUACAUGUAGUCUACUGUAAGUUGAAAAAAAUGUUUUGUUUUUUUUUCUAUCUUUCUUCUUAAAUUUGUAAGUCAGGUGGGUAGCUCAUGCGACUACAGGGUUUUUUCUUAUUGUUCAAUUGUUUUCUUGAGCUUAAACUUCUAUAAUCAACAGCAAAGCUAGCUGUGUUCACCAGACUCAUUGCUUGUACAUAGAAUCUGACUUGCACACUACAAGAGUUUAUGUGAUAACAUGUUGUAGGCUUACAAACACAAUUCUCAUAGUGCAGUAAGGCAGUGGUGUUCACUGAGCAUUUGAGGGGCAUGGGCUGAGAGGGGCACCUCUUUGCGAGUGAUUUUAAUUUUUAGAUGUGAUUUUUACUGUAAAAUUUCUUAAAUGUAACAGCAGAUUAAUCAAAUUUAAUGAUGUUUCCUGAAGGCACUUUAGAAAAAUGAAAAUGGAAUUCUUUGUAAUGCUAAAAUGGUUUGAACUUGUAAGUAUGUUCAUUUACAUUAAGAUAGUUAAUCUUUUAUUAUACAACCCCUAAAUACUGUAUCUACAAAUGCAGCAUGUCUUCAUACCUAAAGUACAACAACAUGAGGUUAAAUUUGUGAAAUUGUUGCAAUUUGUUGGUUAGAUGAAACAAAAAACCCUUGCUAAUGGAUAAGAGUAGUUGUGGCCAAUGUUACUUAUAUUCCAUUAUGGAAAUCAUUUUACAAAUGUGACAUACGACACUUGAAAAAUCUUAAUUAGAUUCGGGAUCCACAAUGGAUCUGAAUAGUAAUCUCCUGGCUGAAAAUCCUUUGUUUUUGACCCUUUCAGUUGCCGUAAAACCGCCCGAAGUGACCAUCUUAACGUCAUGCCAUGACAGUUUUCCUGUUUCUCUUGUAAUAACAUCUAAGGCUACUACAAAGAGUUCCCCAAUUAUAAGGUAAACAUAAGCUGCUAAAAAAAGGGAUGAAAAUGCACCGUAAAGAGCAAAAGUGCAACUUGUCACUAGAAUGCAAAAUUGAGUGCCAUUAAUUUGCAUACACCUCAAUAAAGUAUAAGUAAACAUUGUCUGCAUUGAAUAGCUGUGGAAAGCAACAUAAAUGCCAGUAGGGUCAUCGUACAGAAAAAGGAUGUUGUUAAGCUAAGAUAGUGUGUACAUAAAAACUAUGUACACUGAGGACAUUGAACCUUUUUAAGGAUCUAUCACAGGGCUCAUUAGAUGUGCAAUGUAAGAGGUUUAAAAGAUUUGUAAAUGAUCUGUGUGCCACGAGAGAAAAUUGGAUUUGUGCCAAUCGGGACCAAAGAAAUAAGUUUAAUUGCAUAGUUUGGUGUGAUAAUGGGGCAAAAUAAAGCUUGCAAAUGCAGCGCAAGACGGGCCCCUUGAGAUUUUACAUCAACAAAGGCUAUGAUGGUUGCCCCCACCUCCCCCUCCACUGCACACCACUGCAAAAAACAGACAGUGCACAGUCACAUGACUGCACAGUCACGCUCUCUCUCACACACACACAUUUUAAGAUGUACAUAGCAGCAUUAGCCGUGGAUACAGUGCAGCACAGCAGCCUGUGAAGUGACUUGAAUGUGGUGUAUGUAUUUUCAGGAUUAGGACAAGGCCAGUUUUUGUUAUCAUUAGACAGCAGCUGCCAAUUUUAAAAGGCUUUUCCGAAUAUUCUAGUCAUUUUAAUACACGAUGGACUAAGUGUGGUUAGAUUAUAUUUUUUCAAACUGUAAUAUUCACCCAAAUGAUGUCAGUGAAAUAACCAACAGUAUGCCUUUAGUGAAAACACUGUUCUCUUUUUCUGUCAUUUCCUGUGCAGAGUAUUUUCUUAUUCUCACUCUUUUUGAGAUCUUUAACGUUGUGUGGUGACCACUUUUCUGUAUCAAUUAUAGAGCUUUGUACACAUAUAAGUUACGUAUUUAAAAGAAGACGAAACUAAUGUUGCAGAUUAUGUUUUUAGUGUUUAUAUGUCCUGGUACUUUGUCCUUAUCUAACCCCCCAUUGAUGCAGAUGGAUUAGAUCCCUCGCAGUGCUGUUUCCUCUCAUGCUGUUUCUGUGUUGUGGCAUUUAGGUUGUUUUUUCCCCUCAAGAGUUUUGUCCUAAAUAUACUAUCCCAAGAGUCUUUUGGAUGGACAGUACUGCUUUUAUUUUUGCUUUAAGAAAAAAAAGAAAAAAAAAGAUUUGAGAUGAAUAUCAGUUUUUUAAGUUUUCAGAUAUGUAGCAUUUGGUUAACAGAUUGAGUCGCCACAUAAUUAAUCAUAGUUUCAUAUAUAAACGCCAUGGUGCUUCAUUGACCACAUUUGUGUCAUUUGUAGAACUUCUAUUGCAUCUCUUGGAUCACUAACCCUAUGUUUUUAUAUUCUCUGCUUUUAUCAUGCUGAAAUUAUCUUUAAGUUCAUUUUAACCCAUAUAAUGUGCCUUAAUAUGACUUAGUUUCAACUUGACUGAGUUAACCCUUCAAGUGCACAGUUUGCCCCCCCCCCCCCGGUAGAAUGCUUCCAUUAACUCUAGGGUGUAUUAUUGAAUGAAAUGCAAACUUGACAAUGUACUUUAUAUAAGUUAAUUUAAAUGAGUAAAAAAGAAUAGCAUAAAACUUGCAUUUAGAUGAAAGCCUUAACUACAUUUUUUUAAGCAAUGAUAGAAAAACAUACACAUUUAGGAAUACAGUGUCACAGUUUAGGCUGAUUUUCAUAAUAACCCCUUGAGUUUUGUGCUCAACAGCUCCCUCAUAGCCUCCUCUGAUGUAUAUUUAGAUCACAAAAGAACAGAAGCUUAGUAAAGGAACAAUAAAGGUAGAACCCUUUUAGAUCCCAUCGUAGAUCCCCUGGUGAUGAUGAGUCAAAGUUUGUUAAAAGGUCUUAAAAGAAAUGGAUUCCCCAGCUCACCAAACGACCUGACAGUCCGUUUGUUGCUGAAGCUGCUUGUGGGUUCUUAGGUUUAGCUGAAAAACAUUUGAUUGUACAGAAGUAGUUCUCCUGGGAGGGUCACGAUUCAGAGGUCCGAUUCAAACAGGUGCCUUGUUUGCAUGUUGCGCUCCAAAUUUGUUCAACUUUUCAAAAGUUUUAAAGUGGCUCAACAUGCUGCAACAAGUUAGCAUCUAUCAUCAGUGAUCUGAGUCAUGCUGGAAGUAUGAAUUGAAGUGGGGCUUUUCCACUAUUACUUCAGGCCGCGCAGAUACAAAUAAAGCCAUGCUGUCUAGAUGGCCAAGCCACGCCCAGAAUGGUCCUGCUCUGGAGCAGGGCCCAUGCGAGUGUUGACAUCACAGCGGUUUGUCAUCAUUUGGAUGCACUUUGCAGGCAUGUUUUAACCCUCUGAGACUGGUGUUUUGGUAUAUAACAAAAAGGGACACUCGUUAUUUAAAUUACAACCAUAAAACAUAGGCAAGUUUUUGUUUUUAUUUUCAUCUAAAAGCCCUCCUACAUGCCAUUCUUAUGAUGCUACCCACACCUUCUUAGUUGCAGAAUAUUUUGUAGCUAGCCUGGAAUUUGGGUGACUGUCACGGGUCUUUAAAGAAUAAAUCCUCACAGUAUCUCCAAUAUUGAAUGUCCUUUUAUUCAAUUUAUAAUCAAAUUUACUUGUUUCCCACAAUACUUUGUGACUGGGCUGUGAUAGCCAAUGGCAGGCUGUUCUGUUGUCACAUUAUGCUUUGCUGAACAGCGCUUGUGCAAGCACUUAGAAACUGGAGGAGAGAGCUUGAAUGACUCAUAAUAGAGAGAAAGAGACAGAGAGGCUGUGAUGUGUCACUGCAGACAGGAACUGCUUUGUAUGAUGACUAAAAUUUCUAAAAGCAAAAGGACUUCUAUUUUGGAGACUGUGUCUCAAAGAAAAAACCUUUGUCAUCAUUGUUUGCUGUGUGUAAUACAUAAAAAUCUGGGUUUUAAUUUCUGUUUAGUUUUUUUCUUUUGUCUUUAUUGUCUCACAGCAUUUUUAAAAUUCAAGUGACAUUGCUGUAGCACUUUUUCUUAAAGCCCAGGUUGUCCUGAAAAAAGCAUGUUUGGAACUUGACUGUGCGCCACAGGGUUGAUGUUUUAUAAGCUUUUAAGACAAAAGGUCCAGGUGUGACACAAUGGUUAAAAAAUAGUAUAGGGCUCAGAGGGUUAAGUAGCAACCGCUGCACCAGUCUUUGAAGUACCUGCCAGAUUACCAAUAGAAGAAGAAGAAACUUUGAAGUUAAAGUAACAGGUGCUUCUUCUUCUGGUAAUACAAAACAAUGCUUACUGAAGUGUAGUUAUUAAACAUCUUCGACCCAAAAUGUGUGUCAUCAGCUCAAGACGCGCCCUCGAACGGGUAGCUUGGUUGUGGUGGAAAAGCAAAUCUCCUGCCAUGCUGAGUCAAACCAAGUAGAGCAAAUGUAAUGGAAAAGCCCCAAAGGUGACUUGUUGAUUCUUCUUCAAACGUGUCGACAUAAACAUCAGUUUGAUUAUCAAGGAUUUGAACCUUGAACACAGAAAAUGUAAAUUCAUAGUUCUAUGUUUUAAAGGUUACAUUUGAGGACCAAUGUAAAUACUGAGUUAUUAAAAUGGAGCAUCAGUACAGCAAACCAGAUGCAGUCAUUCAAAAGGUAGAGCAGAAUCCAGUGUACACAUUGAUAACAUAAUUGAAAUCACUACAAAAUGAAAGCAUUGUCUAACUGUUGCUUUGUUGCUGCAUUGCUGCAGAUAUUUGAGUCUAAAGUGUCAUUAUAUAAGUACCAUUUAUGUAAAUCCCAAGUACAUGCAGUCUAAAAAUGGUCACUCAAGCAAUGUGGUGUUUAAAAAGAUUAGAUGACCAUUAUUCAGAGAGAGAGGAGUGGCAGUUAUUACUAUGAAUAGCUAUUAAGAUGAGAAAAGACAGAUGUCUGAGCUAUGGAGCACAAAGAGAGACACAGCCUGCUCAGCCUGCCCACUGAUGCAAAUCUCUCAGCUCCUACAUGGACAGAUCACUCAGAAGUUUCUGUCUCUCAACACCUCUCUCUUCGAUGUUUUGGGUCUAAAAAGCCUGUCCUGGUUAAUCAGCUGUGCCUUUGACAAAAAGAUGCUUUUUAUGUCGUUCAAACCGGAAAUUCAGCUCAUUGCAACAGGAGAUGCCUAAAAGAAAGGAUUUGUUUUUUUAUGGCCAAAUAUUUCAGACUUCAAAAUUAUUAUGAGCUCCACACUGAUGAAAAUAGAAUUACAUAACCAAACGCUGUUCUUCAAUUAUUUCAUCUAUCAACUAGGAACAAGCUGUUCUAAAAAGAGUUCCAGCACAUAGUUAAGUUUUGGAGAAAAUCAAAGGCUGUAGGACUUAAUAAAAUGCUCUGAAAGAUUUACAUGAGAGAAAGAACAGCACCAAAGAUGGAUAUUUUAGUAAAUGAUGAGAUUUAACUAAAUUGUGGCAAUGUAUGUGUAAAGAGUUGGCUAGAAGGACGUUGAUUUAAAAAUACAAAUUAUGCCGGAGAGGAAGUCUCGCCCCAGUGAAAGCCAGCUGCUUCCCCACAAGCUUCACCAGGGGGAUGAGUAUAAAAUGAGUAAAAAAGGCAUCAUUUAUACUUAAAAAAAUGAACUUUUGAUAGUUCUCAAGCAUUUUCUGAGAUUUAUUUAUGUACAUGACAUUGUUUUAAUCCAGCAUAAAGUGUAGACAUAUGCCAGUUAUACUAUUCAAGUGUUAAAUAUGUAUUUAUCAGCAAACACAGGUAGAAAAUCCUGGUAGUGUGUGUUAGUUACUCAAAAAAGGAAAAUACUGACUUUAUGAAUGUAGCACUGAAGCUAAGCUAAAAAGGGCGUGGCUUCCUCUCUGUAUUUUAACUCUAGAAGGCCAAUCACCAGUCCUAUAGUGCAAAACCAACUGUGCUGCUUGAAGGGUUUCCCCUAACACUUAAGUGAUUCAACGUUUCAGGUUUAAUCCAUACAUUCACUGCUCUUCCUCUUUAAAGAAAAUAUCAGCAUUCUGUCUUGUCUUUUGUAAAAGCAGGCUUUUUGUCUUUAUGGGGUCCAUGACCAGAUUCUUGUUUCUAUUUUUUAUUCCUUUUUUGUCUGUCAUACAUUACAGUUAUUAGCUGAUUCUGCAUUUUUUAAUAUGCUUAAAUCCAUAUGGCUCUUGUUAUUAUCAUAUAUUGCUGUCAUUGUUAUUAUUAUAUGGGGACUUUAACCCAUUCAGAAGUUUGUGUUUCUGCACUGAUAUCUUAUUAAUAAAGCAUACUGAUCUUAUCCUCCUC